AUGACCUCCCGCCUUCCACCACUCCUAGAGCUCUACCUACGCCUCCCACCCGAGACAUCCCUCAUCCUCCUCACCAAUGUCCUGGGCGCCAGUACCAACUGGCUUGUGCAGCGGUACCUGUGCUCUUUCCUCGCAUCAUCAUCCACAUCGUCUCAGCGCGAUGGCAGCGCCACGAAAGAGGCGGGUGAGACAGGAGAAGAUGACGAAGUGUCUGUCAUCCUCGUGAGCUUCUUGCGCGACCACGCGUUCUGGAAGGAAGGCGCCGGUCGGCUGGGGAUCGACCUCGACGGUCUCUCGCGACGGGGCAGGUUCGUCUUCGUCGAUGGGUUGAGUGGAUUGUUUACUCCUCCUGGUGGUCUGAAGAGCAAGCCCAGCGCCGGCGGCGGCGGUGCGGGCACGAGGGUUCUAUCUGGUGCUACGGUACAGGAACUACGCAAGGAGUUGAACGAAGCCGUAACGGGACUACGGGUUACGCGUCCAGACUCGAAAAUUAUGCUGGUCUUGGACGGUCCGGACUUGCUCCUGGCGGCAUCGGGGAAGACGAUAUCAGGGUUGGUACUGCAGGAGAUUCUGCUGGACAUACGAGAGAAAGUUCAUUCGUCCAUUGUGACCUUGUCCGCAGAUGAGCCCCUCAUCUCUGCCCAAACGACUAUGCUCGAAAAGGAGCAUGCGGCUUUCACGUUAUCUCUCGCGCACGAGGCAGAAAUGGUUAUCAGUUUGAGGAUGCUGGACACGGGCACGGCGAGAGAUGUCAGUGGAGUGCUGAGGGUCACUCAUGGCGGUAAUGCCACCGGAACACUUGUUGAGGAACGAGAGCUGCUGUAUUUUGUGGGUGGUGAUGGAGGAGUUCGCGUGUUUGAACGUGGCCAAUAG